AUGGGAAACAAAACGGAAUGUACCGGAUUUUUUGCACGUGCAACCAUCAAACCAGAGACCAAAGCAGGGCUCGACAAAACGGAAAAAAGACUUUUCGGAAAUCUGGUUGGUCCAACCAAGAAAGGCAUGGGAGUCUUUGGGCUCUCCGAAGUCCUUCUUGAUCGAUGGUCCCCAUUAGCAUUAGUGCCAAUUAGUAGCCGCUCUUUUUGGAAGGCGAGGUACUCAUGUGUGAUCGCGGAUUCCGCGGUAGCAGUAGUUCUAGCUCUACAUUAG